AUGUCUAUAAUCAUAUUCCCCACAACCUUCAUCUACAUUCUCCUCUUUCUCACCACACUUAUUUACUACGUAAUAUCGAGAAACUCUAACCGAAAACACAAACGGGCCGCGAAACUCCCACCGGGCUCCAUGGGAUGGCCUUACCUCGGCGAAACUCUUCAACUAUACCGUAAUGACCCAAACAUCUUCUUCUCCGAAAAACUACAAAGAUAUGGAGAGAUAUUCAAGACACGCAUCCUCGGUUGCCCGUGCGUGAUGCUGGCGAGCCCCGAGGCAGCCAAAUUCGUGCUUGUGAAUAAUGCGGGCAUGUUCAGGCCCACAUAUCCAAGGAGCAAGGAGAGGAUGAUAGGCCCAUGGGCCCUAUUUUUCCACCAAGGGGACUACCAUAGCUUCGUGAGGAAGCUCGUGCAAAGUCCGUUAUCGCCCGAGGCCAUCAAGAGGCUUAUUCCAGAGAUAGAAGCCAUAGCUGAUUUUGUUAUGGAGUCUUUGACAUGUGGCAAAAUUGUUAACACUUUCCAAGGAAUGAAAAGGGUAAUAUUAGAAAGUUUGAGGUUGGCAAGCAUUGUGUCCUUCACUUUCAGAGAAGCUGUGGUUGAUGUGGAGUAUAAUGGCUAUCUUAUUCCAAAAGGUUGGAAGGCUGCUCAAAAGCCCAAUACUUAUAUGCCAUUUGGUACUGGGUCCCACUCCUGCCCAGGAAAUGAACUUGCCAGACUUGAGAUGCUCAUUUUCAUCCAUCAUCUAGUUAACAAAUUGAGGUGGGAAGUUGUGGGCUCAAAAGGUACUAUAGAGUACAGCCCGUUUCCAGUUCCUCACAAAGGGCUCCGGGCCCGAUUCUGGAUAGAGCCCGAUAACCAAUAA